UCUCGCACAGGGGUCGGGUCUGCCUUGCAUUUUUUUUUCAACGUAGGUCGCAAACCGCGCUUGCAGUCGAGUUAGGAAAAGAAGAAGCUCAGAUACUAUUUAUAUUUAUUUUUGUAUGUCGAAGGGCAUUUUAAAUUGAAAAUGGCUGAAGUUAGUACGGAAAAAUGGAUCAAGUUUUUCUCCAAAGCGGGCAUUCCACCACGCGCUGCGGCGACAUAUGCUCUUACAUUUUCUGAUAAUCGCAUACAGUUGGAUAUGCUCCUUGACCUCAACAAAGAGUACCUUCGAGACAUGGGUAUCACUUUAAUGGGAGAUGUUAUUGCCAUACUGCGCCAUGCUCGUCAAGUACACGAAGAGCUCACCCAUGAAAAGUUGCUGUCAUCUGCCAAAGGCCCGAGUAGUGUAGUGAAGCCAGUCACGAAUCUCAGAGACACAUCCAGCUCUUCACCUUCAGCCAAAACCCUCAAAACUGUGAAAGUUGUGAAACCUGCACCGAAAGAAAGUUCAUCAAGCAGUUCGUUUUCCUCUUCAUCGUCACAAUCUUCAUCUACUCCUUCACCGCCAAAAAAAGUAUCUGUGUCCUCCCGUAUAUCUGAUCCCAACCCCAAGCCGUUAUUGUCUGGACGCAGUGCAGGUCCUAGUUCUUCGUCACAGACACUGGCAUCUGUGAAGCUUCCGGCCAAGAAAGUAGUCACUCCAGCAGAGCCACUCAAAAGAAGAGCUGCUGAAAUAUCUAGGCCGAAGCCAUCAGUGGAACGGCUUGAAAAUGAGGAUGUUCCUGUUCCAAUCAAAAAAGUUCGCCGUGUUCUUCCUGAACAUGAAGGUGGAUAUAAAAUCAAGAUGCCAUCAGGAUCAACCCCUCGGAGCCAACAGAUUCUUGCCAAGCAAAAAGAAAUUGCAAGCAAGAAGACAGUUUUUGAUCGGUUAGGGGGAUCUACUUCUCCUGGGGCUGAUCCCUUGACUGCAGCUGUAUCAAGUACUACCUCUGACCCAACUUUCACUGUCACGGGCCUAGAAGCUGCCAAGAAGGCCAAGCAGGCUUCCUCAGUAUUCAGCAGAUUAGGAGACAAGCAAGUUUCAUCUACAUCUGCCUUGGCAGUUGCUGAAGGGACUCUCCCUUUUGCUGGCAUAUUAAAAAAUGUAUCCUCAAAGCCAGUGUCAAAGGCUCCUAUUCCUGUUCAAAAGACUUCCUCUAUGGUUGCUGACUCAGUGAUUAGUACAAAUCGAGAUGUUCAAAGUAGGAUAGGUACCAUGAAAGAGGUGACUGUGGUGAAACGUUCUGCCACUUUUGUUUCUGUUCCUAAACAAGAGUAUGGAUUGAAGAGAUCAUCUUCUGCAGUGUUUGCUCCUAAGCAAGCAACUGAAGUUAAACGGGUGGCAACAGUUGUACCUCUUAUGAAAAGGACUCAAGGAGUGAGGACAGCGGGCAUACUUGCUGGAAACCAAAAUGAUGUAAAUCGCACAGUGAAAUCCAGACUUGGUGUCGAUGACCCCCCCAGAUCACUUCAGGUUGCUAGUGUGAAGAGGGUUCCGAGGAUUGAGGUACCUAGAUUAAAUGGCAGUGCAAGUGGUUCUUUUAAGAGGGUAACAUUUGAAAAUACGCCAGGGAAGGUGUCUGUUCGUUCGAAUGUUUUCAGCAGGCUCGGAAGUUGAGAGUACCUUUUAGCCAUUGUUAAUAAAUUGUUUGGUCUUUUGCUUUCUUUUCUGAUUGUUAACCACUCUUGUUUUUUUUUUUACUUAAAUUUUAAUACCACUCAAAAACACUAUUUUUAUUUAUUAUUGAUGACUAUAGUCGCUCCCACAGAGGAAUGGAUUUAUUUUAUUUCCAUUCAAAUCAAUUGUGUUUUUACUUCUGUUGUUUGAUAGGUGUAAAUAUGUAUGUUUGCGUGUAUUUUCUGACAGAUUUUUGUUUUUCUUCCAUGGUCAAUUUAAGUUAUUUUGGUACAUGAUUCAUGUACACGUUCAAAUGGAAUUCAUUAAAUGGAAGUGAGACUUUAUGUAUAACUGUU